AUGGUAGGCAGUAUUGAUUGCAUGCACUGGGAAUGGAAAAACUGCCCCACCGCUUGGGCUGGACAAUAUGCAGGUAGAAGCGGUAAGACAACGAUAAUUUUGGAAGUUGUUUCAUCGUAUGACUUAUGGAUAUGGCAUGCAUUCUUCGGAACACCAGGUUCGUGCAAUGACAUUAACGUCCUCCAAAGAUCUCCUCUUUUUGAUUAUGUCUUGGCGGCUCGAGCACCAAAGGUGAGUUACACUAUGAAUGAUGGAGAAAAUAAUAUGGCUUAUUAUCUCACUGAUGGCAUAUAUCCUUCAUGGGCUGCCUUUGUCAAGUCAAUAAGUUCUCCACAACUUCGAAAACACAAGUUGUUCGCUGAACAUCAAGAGGCGGCUAGGAAAAAUGUUGAACAAGCAUUUGGAGUUUUACAAGCUCGUUUUGUGUUUCAUCAUCACCCUUGCCUUGUGUGGGAAAAAGAUAUGAUGGGGAAAACUAUGAUUGCAUGCAUCAUUAUUCACAAUAUGAUAGUUGAAGAUGAACAACACACAUACAUUCAUUAUUAUGAUCCAUCAGAAUUUAUAACUACAGAAGACGAAGAAUCUUUUAAAUACUCUACUCAACGAAUUGGAGAUCUAUCUUGUUAUAUGACCAACAGGGUACAAGUUCACAAUAGAGAAGCUCAUAAUGCUCUAAAAAACGAUUUGAUUGAGCAUAUAUGGAAAAAAUUCAGCACUGAAGAAUAA